AUGCUAGCACGAUUUUCCUUUUAUUUAAUCCCCUUUAUUGGGGUUUUCCUUACAUGCACGCUUGCUGCCUCAAUUAAAGCGAGGGCGCUGCCAGGUCUUCUGGAUGCCACCCUCGAGGAGCUCCGCGCUGGCCUCGACAGAGGUACCUUCACGUCGGUCGAUCUAACCAAGGCGUAUUUAGGGCGCAUCACCGAGACGCAGAAUUCGCUUAACGCCAUCAUUCAGCUCAACCCGGACGCCUUAACUGUUGCGGAGGCUAAAGACUAUGAGAGGAAGGAAGCCUGCCCUUCGGGCGGACCGUGUCCGUCCCUCGGCGCUCUGCACGGCAUCCCCGUCAUCCUCAAGGACAACAUCGCGACGUUUGAUAGCAUGGACAAUACAGCAGGCUCGUAUGCACUGGUGGGAGCCAAGGUGCCUUGCGACAGCACCAUCGCUAGCAAGCUACGCUCGGCCGGCGUUAUCCUGCUGGGCAAGGCCAACCUGUCGCAGUGGGCAGCUUGGCGCACAUACAACUACGACAUUAAUGCAUGGUCUAGCGUGGGCGGGCGUACCAAGGGCGCCUACUACAAGGACCAGAGCCCAGGCGGAUCGUCGUCGGGCAGCGGGGUGGCGUCGUCGGUCGGGCUGGCCUGGGCCAGCUUGGGAUCCGAGACAGCUGGGUCUAUCAUAUCACCGGCGUACGAAAACAAUGUGGUCGGAAUUAAACCGACUGUCGGUCUGACGUCGCGGUACUUGGUUGUGCCUAUCUCGCAGCAUCAGGAUAGCGUGGGGCCGCUGGCCAGGACGGUAAAGGACGCUGCCGUGCUAUUAUCUGCUAUUGCAGGCACCGACCACCGUGAUAACUACACAAGCAGUAUCCCGUUUGCGACGAUCCCUGACUAUACCGCAUCGUGCAUGCACAAGCGUCUAGAUGGUGUCCGCCUUGGUAUGCCCAAGUCAUUUACAGGCGACGAGAACCUCUCUGAUAACGAGAAGAAGCUGGUAAAAGCUGCGGUAGCAACGCUACGGUCUCUUGGUGCAACUGUCGUUGAAGGCUUCGACAUGCCUGGAAGCAAACGCUUGUCGGAGCUCAACGACGUUACCUGGUCACGGCUGGGUAUUGACUUCAUCUCCGACGCACCCAACUACUUCAAUGAGCUCUCAGUCAACCCCCACAAUAUCAGCUCCGUUCAGGACCUGGUCCAUUACACGCGAACCGACCCCCGCGAGAAUUACCCCGAAGUUGACACCAAGCUGUGGGAUGACGCGCUGGCGCAGGGUUUCGGUAACACAGAUGCGCGUUUCUGGAACUUCACAUUGCUCAACUAUGAGAUCUUCGCCGACCAGGGUAUCGACUGGGCUCUCAGGCAGCAUGACCUCGAUAUGCUUGUUGGUCACCCGUACUCCAUGCUCUACUACACCUCUGCCAUUGGAUAUCCCGUCAUGAGUGUACCGGCCGGAAGCGUUCCUGUCGAGGGUGGCGGCUCGCGACCUGUAGGCUUUGGCUUUACCGGCACUAAGUUCUCUGAGGAGAAGAUGUUCCGUGUGGCGUAUGCCUUUGAGCAGGCCACCACACAUCGCAACAAGUUGCAGCCCAUGAUCGUGCCCAAGACGGAGCUCAAGGAUGUCAUUCUACACUAAUACAAAGUUGGAAGAGUACGUAACGUAGUUUAUAAGCGAGCGGGUUAUACAAGCGAGCGGGCCACUUUGCGUCAUUUAAGCAGAUAGAACACAAUAAAUUCUGUUUUAAAUCUAAAAAAACACUAUUAUCAUGUCUCGUGAAGCAAAUAUUAUACUCACGUUAGAGACAAUCAAGAAUAACCCAAAAUUAAGUACCAGAAAGGCUGCGACUAUCUGCAAUGUGCCACCUAGUACGCUGGGCUAUCGUCGAGCUGGUCGGAUGGCACGACCUGCUUGUACGACCAAUUCUCGAAAAUUGACAGAUUUGGAAGAAGAUUCAAUUAUUCGAUAUAUAAUUGACUUGGAUUCUCGCUCAUUUCCGCCACGAAAGGCCAUGGUUGCGGAGAUGGCGAACAGAUUGCUGAAGGAGCGGAAUGGUGGUAAUGUUGGCUAACAUUAGGUUACUAACUUCUAGCUCUUAUGCCGGCACGAUCAUGAGCUUGAUCGGCCAUUUCCGGGCCUCUGAUUGGCUAGAGCGGCCCGGGGUCGCCCCACUCGAGGUCGAAAAGGUGGAAAUGGAGCG